AAAUUAUCAAAAUUAUCGUAAUAUAAAUACUAAUAUUUCAAUCAACAAUAUAUCAAAUCGAAAACGAAUUUCUAAGUCUGAGAUUAUUUAGCUAUGUCUGAAUUGUCGAAGGAAAUCCAAAAAAAAUGUUAUUGAAAAGUUUUGGAUAUCAAAUCGCAUCGAAGAAUCAAAAAAGAGGUUACAGAAUUACUGGCAUUUGUAAAUCUAAUUCGAAUAUAGGACAACGAUACGUGCUAAGGGUUUGAAGAUUAUAAUUAGAAUCCUUUAUGAUCAUUUAUGUAAUAACUAUUGACUACAGCAAAAGAUUUUUUUAUGAAGGUCAGUACAACGAGAGGCGUUCCAAGUACAAGUACAAAUUUGAAGGAAGCUCUAUGCGAAAAAAUUCCGGUUCAUUAUGAUCUCCUUCGAAAUUUUCGAAAAGAACACGGUCAAUCUGUGAUCAGUCGUAUUACUGUGGACAAUGUAUACGAUGGUCUUCAAGGUGUCAAUACAAUGGUCAGAGAAACGUCAGAAAAUGAUUCCAAGUAUGGGAUUAGGUACCGUGGAUUAACUAUCCCAGAAGUUUUAAAUCUUCUUCCACGUAAUGGAACAUCUCCAAGUGUUGAAGCUGUUUUUUGGUUACUAUUAACCGGCGACGUACCCACUCAAGAACAGACAAAUUCAUUGAUUAAUGAUUGGUCCUCUCGACGACAAAGAAGAAAAGAAUGGUGGUCAGGACCAGGUGGUGGAAUCGUUGGUUCUGUUCUUCAAAAUUUACCGGACAACGUGACACCAUUGGGAAGACUCUCGAUCGCUUUGACUGUUCUUCAAACAGAUAAACACACGAAAAAGGCUCUUCAGAACGGAGCUCUGAAUCAUACUCAUUGGGAGCAUAUUUACGAGGACAGCAUGGAACUAUUAGCAGCGUUACCAGCCAUUAUUGGCCUCGUUGGCAAAGGUCGAGAGUUGAGAAACGUGACGGAAGGAGGUGACUGGAUAGAUUUUCUUUUAGAAUGUUUGAGCAAUACUUCGGAGGAUUUAAAAGGCAGGACAACAUCUGUUGGAGAUUUUCUUCGUUUAUACGUCAGUUUAAAUGCUGAUGAAGAUGGUGGUGUACCUGGUGUUCAUAUAACACAAAUUUCGGGAGCUUCAUACUUAGAUAUUAGUCAGGCAUUAGCUUCAGGAGUUUUGGUUUAUGAAAAUGAACCGAUUACGGGAACGAUGUUUCAAUACAUGGAAUUUCAAAAAAAAGUAAGAAGUAUUUUGGGUACUAAACCUAAGGAAGAAACAUUGAAAGAUUUUUUGACGUCUUUUAUUAAAGAAAAUAAAUUGAUUGGACAUAAGGAAACUCGAUUCCUUGAUUCACGUUACGCGGCACUUUUAAAUCAUGUUAAAACAUAUUUACCUGGUGAUGCAGAAGUAAAGCUUUCUCAAGAUAUUACGCGAGUUUUAACAUUUCUGAUGAAAAAUACGAAAAACAAAAAUAUCUUUCCAGAAGUUAACAGCAUAGCUGCUCCAAUGUUUCAGUUUUAUGGACUGAAAGAUAUGAAAUUCAAUCAAGUAUUACUCUGUAUGUCACGAGCAUUGGGAGCAAUUGCUUCGAUUAUUUGGACUAGAGCGAUCAAUGCACCAAUUGAACAACCAAAAUCAAACAGUACAUAUACAUAUUUUUAUUCGCUUCGAGAUAUUCGUAAUAAAAUGAAAAAAAGGACUCGAAUUAAACAUUUAACAAAAUUUACUUCGUAAUAAUUAGUGAUGAUAUAUAACAAAUAAGUUACAUUGAGACGAUGUUGAGUUUAUUAUAAAAGAAAAAAAAAUUGUAAAUAUUUAUGAAACAAUCGUUAUACACAUAUAUAUACGUAAAUACAUAUUUUCAUGAUUAAAAAAAUAAUAAUUCAAUGUAUUUUGAUAAUGAAAUAAAACAGAAACUUCGUGUAUGUUCGUAUUUGUUUGAAAUCAUGAUUACAAUAUGGCGGCUCCCGCCAAAGAAGCAUUUUCAUAAUUUCACAGGCGCUUCGUUUAUUACGUACAAGUUGUGUCCUUAUGACCACAGCAAAAUAACAAUCUGUUAAAAUUGUAAAAUUCAGUGAUAAAACUGUUCGUGCCAAAAUAACUAUCAUGGAUUUAAUUGCGUAUUAUUUAUUGUACGAUCUUUAGGAUGCGCAAAAGACGUGUUUGCCUGUUAAGAA